AUGAUCUGUGACCCAGACAGCAUCAUAGACCUCAACGUGGGAGGUGUUUAUUACAGCACAAGCCUGGACACACUACGUAAAGAACCCAACAGUUACCUGGCCAAAAUCUUCUCGGACCGCACUAAGCAAAGCUCCAUCAGAGACACCAAAGGGAAAUACUUCAUUGAUCGGGACGGUGUUCUUUUCAGGUACAUCCUUGACUACCUCCGCAAUCUGAAACUGGUUCUGCCAGAAAACUUCCAUGAGAAAGAUCGCCUGCAACAAGAAGCUGAAUUCUACAAUCUUCCAGAUCUGGUGAAAAUCCUCAACAACUUUUCGACACACAGAUCUUCACAUCACUCGGCAUUUGCUGAGAAUUCGACUAACGCCUCUUCAAGUUCUGCGCCAUCUCCUGUGGGAGACAGGGGACCAGGCUUUAUCACUGUUGGCUACAGGGGCACAUUUGCUUUUGGACGAGAUGGCCUGGCUGACGUAAAGUUCCGCAAGUUGAGCCGAAUUAUUGUUUGUGGCAAGGUGUCUCUGUGUCGAGAAGUCUUCAAAGAUUCUUUGAACGAAAGUCGAGACCCUGAUCGAGGGGAAAAUGAUCGUUACACUAGUCGCUUUUUUCUGAAGCAUUCUUUCUUGGAACAAGCUUUCGAUAACUUGCAAGAGGAAGGCUUUACCCUUGUUGGAAGCUGUGGGUCUGGUACUAACAGCGCUGGGGAACUCAAACCAGGCAUGGAUUCAGAGGAAGCCAAAUGGCAACAUUAUAACGAGUUUAUUUUUGAACGACACUGA